AUGAAGCUCAACAUUGCCAACCCCACCACGGGGUGCCAGAAGAAGGUCGAAAUCGAUGACGAUCUCAAGCUGCGUGCGUUCUUCGACAAGAGAAUCUCUCAGGAGGUCAGCGGCGACUCCCUCGGCGAUGAGUUCAAGGGGUACGUCUUCAAGAUCAAGGGAGGGUGCGACAAGGACGGUUUCCCCAUGAAGCAAGGUGUCCUCACACCCGGCCGCGUCCAAAUCCUCAUGCACAGGGGCGUGCCCUGCUUCCGCGGCUACGGCCGGCGCAACGGGGAGCGGCGCAGAAAGUCAGUGCGCGGGUGCAUCGUCAGCCAGGACCUGUCCGUGCUGAACCUGGUCAUCGUCAAGCAGGGCGACAACCACCUCCCCGGCCUUACUGACACGGAGAAGCCGCGUAUGCGUGGUCCCAAGAGGGCGUCCAAGAUCCGAAAGCUGUUCGCUCUGAGCAAGGAGGACGAUGUGACCAAGUAUGUCAACACCUACCGCCGCAAGUGGACCACCGCCAAGGGCAAGAAGAAGAGCAAGGGCCCCAACAUUCAGCGGCUGGUAACGCCCCUGAAGCUGCAGCGCAAGCGCGCGCGCCUGGCAGAGAAGAAGCAGCGCGUCGCCAAGGCCAAGUCCGCCGCCGCCGACUACCAGAAGCUGCUCGCGCUGCGCAUCAAGGAGCAGAGGGAGAGGCGGUCGGAGUCCCUGGCCAAGAAGAGGGCUUCCCGGGCGUCGCAGGCCAAGCCGGCUACCGCCCCUGCUGCCAAGGAAUAG